UCAAGCAGAAAGAUGGACGCAGCAACAGUUUUUCAGGAUGAAUUUAAGUGUCCGGUGUGUCUGGAUCUGCUGAAGGAUCCAGUGACCACUUCCUGUGGACACAGUUACUGUAAGAGCUGUAUUACAGACUGCUGGGAUGAAGAAGAUGAGAAGAGCGUCUACAGCUGCCCUCAGUGCAAACAGAUCUUCAGUCCAAGACCUGCUUUAGCUACGAACACCAUGCUGGCUGAAGUGGUGAAGAAACUGAAGAAGACCAAACUUCCUGCUGACCGUUACACUGGAGCUGGAGAUAAGAAGUGUGAUGUCUGUACUGGAAAAAAAUACAAAGCCGUCAAGUCCUGUCUGAUGUGUGUGAACUCUUACUGUCAGACUCACCUUGAACAACACGAGAGUUGGUUUAAAGGAAAGAGACACAGUUUGAUUGAAGCCACUGGACAACUGCAGGAGAUGAUCUGCCAGAAACAUGAGAAGCUUCUUGAGAUCUUCUGUCGCACUGAUCAGAAAUGUAUAUGUAUGCUGUGUAUGGAUGAACAUAAAAACCACGACAUUGUAUCAGUUGGAGAACAGAGGACAGAGAAUCAGAACCAGCUGAAGGAGACACAGAAGACGCUCCAGCAGAGAAUCCAGCAGAGAGAGAAAGAUCUCCAGCAGCUGAGAGAGACUGUGGAGUCUCAUAAGCGCUCUGCACAGACAGCAGUGGAGGACAGUGAGAAGAUCUUCACUGAGCUCAUCCGCUCUGGUAUGAGAGGCCAUUCUGAGCUGAUACGACUGAUCAGAGAUCAGGAAAAGACUGCAGUGAGUCGAGCUGAAGAACGACUGGAACGACUGGAGCAGGAGAUCAAUGAUCUGAGGAGGAGAGACGCUGAGCUGGAGCAGCUUUCACACACACAGGAUCACAUCCAGUUCCUGCAGGUAACACACAUCUAGAAGAACAGGA